AUGUUUUUCAAGAAAACGGGAGGCAACAAUCACUACGCGGCGGUGCGACGAGAUAUGAGCGCUGAACUCAGCCAAGUUCUUGAAAGAACAUCAUGCCGAGUUCAGCGUCUCGGAGAGCUCUCGUUGUUAGCGAAGGUGAACUAUGAUUAUCUUUCGGUGGAAAGCAUGUGGUGUUUUUCAAGAAUUCGAGAGGCAAAACUCCUUGCUGAGGCUUCCUGCUCAGUGGCGAGUGAUGCUGAUCGUUAUGAGAUGCUGUAUCGCCUUGGAAUGAUCGACCCAUACACCGAAGACGAAUACGUGAAGUUUGCACGAAGUUUCUGA